AUGGUGUGUACUCAAAAUGAUACUCCACCUAAUAUAUCUAUUCCAGUUGUGAUGAUACCAAAGUCAGCUGGGGAUAGUAUAAGUGUGAAUUUGUCAACUGGCAGUAAAGUGGAUCUCCUGUUAUAUUCACCCAUUCAACCCAUUUUGGACAUUGGAGCUGUGAUCUGUUUGGCACUAAUGGCUGUUGGAACUAUUGUUAGUGCCUCAGUUUGGGAUGAAUUUACCUCUCAGCCAAUUGAUGACAAUUAUGAUCAGUUGGAACGGAAGGGUCAAAGUAAUGCUGACAUGAACAAAGAAUCUAGUGAGAAGGAAACUAUAGAAAUAAGAGAAGUGGGAGCCUUGGGUUUUAUUGUAGUAGCAUCAGCAUUUCUGGUGUUACUCUUCUUCUUCAUGUCCACAGGGUUUGUGAUGCUGCUAACUGUAAUGUUUGCCAUUGCUGGUUCACAGGGACUGCAUGCCUGUCUUGUUUCACUAAUCUCAAGAAUUUUCAAAGGGUGCAAGCAGAUGAAAGUAAAUAUUCCCCUUUUGGGGGAUGUUACAAUUCUUGCUAUUGUGCUCCUGCCAUUGUGCAUAGCCUUCUCUAUUCUUUGGGCAGUAAAUCGACAUUCACCACAGGCAUGGGUUGGCCAAGAUAUUCUUGGAAUAUGCUUAAUGAUAACAGUGUUGCGUGUUCUCCAGUUACCAAAUAUCAAGGUGGCAUCAAUUCUUCUUUGUUGUGCAUUUUGUUAUGACAUAUUCUGGGUUUUCAUCUCACCUCUCAUAUUUCAUGAAAGUGUUAUGAUUGCCGAUUCAGGAUUCAUAGAUGGGGAGGUUAUUAGAGUAGGGGAUGAAUCUCAUAGAUUUCGCCAAUUAGAUAUGCCAUCAUUGUUUUUUGUUCUUUAA